AUCACAAUACCUUCUGCUGCUUGUCCUCCUCUUGUCGCAUAUUGAUCUAGCUAGUUGGUCGUUAGCUUUUUUGUCAGGAUGAUGUCUGUGGUGUUUAAAUGUUUGUCCGUUGUUUCUGGCUAAAGGUAUCUGGCAUUUGGGGGCUUUAAUGUUCCGUGCAGGAAAUCUAAAAACCAUCGGCAAAGCGGGAACUGGCUGGCACUUUUGCCGGACGAUGGACGAGCUAGUCCAUGACCUGGUGUCAGCACUGGAGGAGAGCUCUGAGCAGGCUGCCCGUGGAGGUUUUGGGGAUGGAGGAGACCAUGCUCUGGCUGUGGGCUGUCUGCUGAAGAGGCAGGCUCGGAAGCGGAGGGGCAGGAAACGACGCUCGGACAACCCGCAUCCGCCUUGGGAGACAGGCCACCUCAGUGAGGGCUCAGAGUCCAGUGUGGAAGAACACAAGGACUACCGUGCCAGUACAGGCGGUGUCUCUGCUGCCAACAGCCAUGCCCGUGACAACAGCGACUCGGAUGAACAACUUGGCCCCAAACGGCGAACCCUCCUCACAGCUGACACAGGACGAAGCAAGCGGCCGAUUUGGCCGGACGACCUGGGUGUCCUGGGGUCCGCAGAGGGAACUCGCAGCCUCAGGCGGAGACGUAAGGUCAAACGUAUGGCGGUAGACCCCCCUGCAGAACCAGAACCCCCUUCCUGCACCAUGCUAGGGCCCCCGCCUGUCCCCAAAGCCCGUGUUGGUGUCAGGCCGCAUAGAAUGGGUGCUACCGAGGGCAGGGGGCCCAUGGAGCUCUACGGAUGUGGACUGAUGGGGCCAGGGGGAGGGAAAAACAGGGUGAAGAAGAGGAAACUGGCUCCCCACAGGCUGGGGAUGGAGGCUGCAGAUGAAGGGGUGGUGGUGGAGAGUGAGGACCCCAUCUCUUCUCCAACAGAAGGGUCCAAGGAAAAGAUGGAGUUGGAGGAACAGAAGGGCUCAGAUGAGGACAUGAGUGACAGGUGUGAGACCAGCAGUGUCAGUAACAGCAGUGACGGAGGCCUCUACACCAACGAUGAGGGGAGGCAAGCUGAUGACGAGCAGAGCGACUGGUUCUAUGAGGGUGAGCCCGGCUCCGGUUCAGGACCCGGGGGUGCGUGCGGGAUAGCGGGAGUGGUUCCAUGGUGGGAGAGGGAGACGGCUUCAGAGGAGCUGGACUUGGCUGACCCCGUCUUCAACAGCAUCCUCUCCGGAUCCUUCCCCCUCUUGACUCCUGGAGGACAGAGAGGGUUCCAUGCCAGGCUGAGCCGUCUCCACAGCAACCAGCAUGCAUCUCAGGCAGGCAGCUCCGGUCAGAGCUUCAACGAUCGGAUGGGCAGACAAGGCCAGGACUCCCACGAGCCUUGGUUCAGCUCGGGCUCCAGGAGAGAGCACGGACAGUUGCAUUGGGACCCUCGGUCAGACAGAGGGCAUCGGAGAAGCUGUUCGGUGAAAACAGCCAGCAGACAGACCAGCGGGCACCUGGGCUCUCUGUGUACAGGGGAUGUCAAGCGGAGGCGAAAAGCAGCCCCCCUCGGUUCCACCGCCCCCCCAGUGGUCGGGGAGAACGCACCCCCCAUUCCUGACACUAACAUGGGGAGCCGCAUGUUGCAGAGCAUGGGCUGGAACCCGGGGAUGGGCCUGGGUCCAGAGGGCAGGGGCAUGACCGAGCCUGUUCGGGCCACGCAGAGACCCAAAGGAACUGGCCUAGGCUUCAACUGAGCACCCGGGGAUUCUGGAUCCUGAACCUGAAGAGGCUGGGACAAAACACUCAGAGAAACAGACAGCGAAGGAGAGGAAAUGCUGCUCAGGGCGAUGAACGACAAAAAAAAACCCAGUCCAGAAUAACCCAGACAUGUGAGUCAUAAGUAGGAAAGGAAUGAGUCUUGUCCUAGCAACAGUCUGUGAUGAAAGAUAAACUUUCCCAUAUUGGGGAAACUGCGAGAAGCCUGGCAUAUCCACACAGAGAGAAGGACAUGUGAAAGUGAUUGAAACCGAGCAGGAGAAAAGACUUCAUGCAAAAACUCCAUGUUGGAGAAAUGACGCUGAUGCCUCAUUAGCGUGUUAUACUGAACCAAUGAUGACAGUGUGGUUUGUUUUCAGUCAGUGGUGUCAGUUCAGUUAACGAUAAAUGGUUUCGUCCAAUUAUUGCACAUGAUUUUGGACUCGGAGACAUACCUCAAGAUUCAUUCUAGGUUAUUUUUUAAGGUAAUGAAGUAUGGUUACACUACUUUUCGCCCCAUCCAUUUUACUGUUGAUUUAAUGGAAGAUGCUGUGUCAUGAGAUUGUUUUCAUCCAUCUCAAAACCAACGAAGAAUUCAAUCAAACCCAUCAUUUAUAUUCCCUUUUUAUUCAGCACAUCCAUGUACUAUGCAUGUGCCGACGUAGCUGCUGCAGGUUCUCCAGGUGUUUAACCAAGAAAAGAUGUCAGGCUAAGUUGUUGCCAAUGCUUUCUUGACUGCACGAUUUAGCCUACCAUAGCCAUGCUCAAUGACUUUACAGACACCGUAGGACACAUAUAUGAUUCCCUGGUUACAAUUCCAGUGUCUCCACACAGUUUUGGACUUCCCUCCCAAAAAAAUCAAAGACUAUUGCUACCAUUGGCUGUGUGUGGAAAGUGCAUGCCUACCUCUCCCAGGUGUUUUCACUUAACUAACCUGAUUAGCUCUCGGGCUAAGAAGAAGAAGAAGAAGAAGAUAUACUGUAUUAAUCCCUUGAGGGGAAAUUUCUUUCCCCACUCUGUGGUGUUUACACACACAUUACACACACACGGAGGAUAUACAUGCUCAAGCAAUGAUGAUGUACGUGCACAAACAACCACACACAUGCAGGAGAGGGGGCAGAGCAGGGAGGCUGCCAGAUACCCGGCGCCAGUGAGCAGAUUCAGGGUUCGGUGCCUUGCUCAAGGGCACAUCGGCAGUGGCACAGGAGGAGAACUGGCACCUCUCCAGCUACCAGCUCACUCCGUUUUUUUUGGUCCAAUCGGGACGUGAACCGGCGACCCUUUGGACCCCAGUCCAAGCCCUUACAGACUAACUAGAUAGUUAUGGAUUUAGAUUACCCUAAUUAGAUAGAAGUGAAAACACCUGUGUGACUGCAGAACCUUUUGAAACGACAUAUCUUUUAAACUUUGUUUUACACACUUUGUCAUUGUGCUCUUGAUUCCUGUGUUCAUUUAGCUUACCUGUGACCAUAGAUUGUCCAAUACCGAUUUGAAAUGAUUUUCAUUGCAAGUAGAGAGAUUAAGGUCUAGAAAAAUAAAAUGAAAUUAUGAAUAAAAAAUGAGAAAGAACAUGUAUCAAUAUUUGAUUCCUUUCUUAAUGGUUGUUUUGAGCACCGGAUGGAUGGUCUUGAGAUGUCAGUGACAGAAACAAAUGUGAAACUCAAAGCUAAGCGAUUUUCACAAUUUUUUGGCAGGUUCAGGACAUCCAAUAAUACCAUUUUGCCAGAUAU